AUGGAAGACUUCCCUGUCAAUGCCAUCCAUCACGAGCGUGCACACUUUAGCUUCACCUUCGAAGACAUUACCGCAGAACUAAACAACCCUAAUUGUGUUCAUAAUCGGAACGGUUCAUCAGUGCAGCCGGUUAAGUUUCAUGUCAAGAUUGUGCACGAUACCCAACACAAAUACGUCAAUUGUUCCUUGAACCGUACUGAAACCACCAUCAGAGAAUAUGUGGAAAGAAAGGAAAGAAAAUGCCGAUUCGACAUGGACAAGUUAAAGAAUUUCCGCGAGGCGCAUGGGAUUCUUUCUAUCAUGCUGGCGCUAGUUGGAAUCAGUAGAGAUAAUGCAUCCAACAAAUAUAUGGUGGAUCAGAUUAUAGUGCAGGGUCUCAUACUCGGCAAUAAGCUUAGCAGCAUGAGUCGCAAGGUGUUGGGGUUGUGCGUAUAUAUGAGAACAGAGCAAGUCAAGAGUCGCUGUGAGUCGUGUACACAAUUACUGGAAAUAGUAAUGAGUAGUAGUAAUAAUGAGGGCAUGGUGCCAGCGAGUGAUUCAGCGGUCGAGACGGUACUAAAGAGGGUUAGAGUGGGUGCAGAUGACAAAGAAGCAUCAUGUUGUGAGGAGGAGGGCCGAGAGAGAAAGAGAAGGAAAGUUUGUGUAAGUGAAAGUGAUAGUUGCACUGUUUGCAUGGAAGUGUUUAAUGGAGGAUCAGAAGUAGCUUGCAUGCCUUGCACACAUGUGUUUCAUGACAAGUGCAUAAGGACAUGGCUCAGACAAAGUCACUACUGCCCUGUUUGCCGAUUUGAAGUGCCAACUGCUGAUUGA